CACACGCAUACGCACACGCACACGCACAGGCAUAUCCACCUGGAUGCGCUCUCUCUCCCACCUCGCCCCCUGUGUCCGCCCCCUCGCCCCGCCACCGCUGGUCUGUCCACCCUUGCCGCAUCUUUCCUGCCGGUGCUCCGAGCACGCUCUCGUUUGACGGAUGUCCCCGCCGCCGGCUGUCGCCGCCGGUGCCCCUGCCGCCCCCGAGGAGGAGCUCGAGGACCCUGCUCUCGGCAUUGAGCUCUCCCUUUCGCCAGAUGCCUGGGACGAUACACCCCUGAUCAAGGCCUGGGACAGUGCCAUUCAGUCCUUCCGGGCCUUCCAUGGUCGGCCGUCGGCAGCGCACCCGCGUGCCCGUCGUGCCCCGCCAUCCGCCCAAUCGACGGCCCGCGUGUCGGCCCGGGGCGGCGCCGGCGCCGGCGCCGGCGCCCUUCCCAUUCCCUCCCAGGAUGCCUUGGGGUCCGAGUCGGAGGCCGAUGCGAGUGCAGAUGAUGAAGGUGCAGACACAUGCGUGGUUGCGGAUGCCGAUGCCGAGAUAGACGAGGAGGCGCAGGAGGCGCAGGAGGAGGAUGCCGAGGUCGGCGCCAAGGCCGAUGUCUCCCCGGAGGCCGAGCGUGAAGCUGUGCCAGCCGACUCGCCCGCAGUGACCGAGGAGGCGAUGACCGCCUCCCCGGGCCGGGCUGACCCCCGGGCGGCGGAGGCCUCCUACGCGGCAUGGCAGUGGUACAAUCACCAAUCGGCCGGCAUGGCUGACACCGGGGCUGCCGGGGCAGCCCCAUGGCAGUGGCAGCCCCCGGGCGCCAUGGGAGGUGAGUCUGGCUGGCCGGUGUCCGGCCCGGGCUGGCCGUCAUCCGGCCCGGCGUGGGCGCCAGGUGUUGCUGCCGAUGCCAGCCAGACGCCCGCCGGGCCGGCCGAUCAGCUGGUCGACUCGGUGCUCGGUUCGGAUGCCGAUAUCCAGGCAAACCUGUCGAUGGCCUGGUACUAUGCCGGGUACUAUGCCGCCAUGGCCAAUGCGUCGCGCCUGUUCCGGCAACACCUAUCCGCCAAGCGCCCGGCCCCUGUGACCGAGCCCUCCGGGCCAUCGCCGGCGCCGGGACCAGAGCCAGCGCCAGCGCCAGCCCCAUCCCCUCCCGCCGGCGUCAAGCGCCGUCGCCAAUAAACCCACCUGCCCUGCC